GAUACCGGUUAAAAAGAAACGUCGAUCGGAUCUAGUAACUAGUGUACACAUUUUCUAUUGCCGGUUAACGCGUACGCGCAUCCUGCGUGGGAGGAGGGAUAGGGGACUCUCGGAACAGUCGAAUGUGAUGCCGCGUCUCCCGCGCAGCGCAGAACGUACGGCGAUCGCGGCCUAAACACAGCGCAUCGACUGCGCUCGCUAUUCGCUUCUAAUACUCAACUUCCAGUGACAACGAUUGUGGACGUUUGGGUGAUUAAUCAAAGUGUUAAUGGAUUUAACACAGAAGUUUUAUGCAAUUUUCACAAUAAAUAAUACGACAGUGAUAUCGGUGAAAGUGAGCUUUCUAAACGAACAUAAUUAUUCCAUAUUGAGAUGUGGUCCUUCAUGAAUACUUAGGCAGCAUACAUGAGUGUAAGCAAGGAGGUAAUGCGAGGAGACAUAAGCAAGUUGUGUUGGCUGGUUGCUACACUGGCUCUGGGCUCCGUGUGGGGAGGCGAGGCGUGCGAGCGCGGCUCGAGCUGGUGGGACCGGCAGCGCGGCAUCUGUGUCCCAUGCACCCGCUGCGACCCCGCCAAACGACUGGUAGUCAGAUACCCGUGUGAAAUCCACCGGGACACUAUCUGCCAGUCGCUUUAUGAAGCCCAAAUCUCCCCCUUCAAUACACCUAAGCAGGUGCAUAAAAAAGACAAUGAAUCGAGUGAACUGGUACCCAGUGAUUACGAGUACGAAUAUGUGGACUACGAUAGUGAAGUGACUCCUAGUAACGAUGAAGUGACGUGGGACCUGCAGACGACCAGCCUCAGUCUGGCCGCGAGUGGAUGCAUCGUGUUCUUUGUCGUGGUGCUCGUCAUGUCGCUGUACCAUGCGAGGCAGUGGAAGGUUAUUAAGAAGGCGCUAAAGUCAGGUGUGGAAUCUCAUCCUAUUUAAGUGUAGGGUAAACUUUCCUAAAUCGUACUUUUUCCUAAAACGUACCCCAUCGAGUUCUCGUUUCGUGAAACUGCAGUGGCGACGCAAGUGCUAGAAAAUGAAACUACUAGUUGGCAUUGUUCCGUGAUCCGAGCAACGACUCCAUGCUGCCGCUCCUUUUAAAAUUAUUCAAAAAGUAAGUAAUUCUGCUGUUUUCAAGUAAUAUUUUUGGUUCAUUCAUAAGGUUUUCAAUUUUCUUCACGCUGGGUUAUGUAACUUCGAAGCAUCUUUUUUGAUUCUAUACAUAAUUGCGUUUUAAAUUACUGUACAUUUAUGUUUAAGCCUGACAGCCAUUUUGUUACGCGCCAAAUUUGAAAUCCUUAGUUAACUUGUGCCUAAUUCGUACUCAUCACUUUGUUCUAUUUCGUACCGGUACAAAUUAGGAAUAAUUGUUUCUUUUUUUUGUUUAAGAUCGACAUGGCUAAGCGACGAUACAAAACUUGGUCAAGUGACGAUAUGGAAAAAGCCCUCAGUGCUUAUAAAGAUGGAAGUUUAAAAUUUAAUGAAACUUGUCGUGUAUUUAAUAUUCCAAAACCGACAUUUCGGCGUCAUUUAAAAGGAUUGAAUAUGCACGAAGGAAUUGGACGUCCGAAAUAUUUAACAAAAGCAAUGGAAGACGAACUAGUUAACCAUAUAUUGGAAUUAGAAUCCAGAUUUUUUGGCGUUACCAUACGUGAUUUACGCCACUUAGCAUACCAAUUAGCGGAAAAAUAUGGUUUGCCUCACAAAUUUAAUCCGGAA